UCUUCUCUUCGCUUCUUCUGGUACUGAAACAAAAACGAAUAACAGUCGUCCUCUCACUUCCUCAUGUGGGCUUAUCUCCUCCACUCGAAUCUAAUUAAAUUCACCCCACUUGUUUUUUAUUCUAUUUAAUAAAUAAAGUUUAAUACUUUUUUUUUGUUGUUGUAAUUUUUUCAUACACUCAAAAUCUCUCGGCGGAGAAAAAAAAGAGUUAACCUUUAUUGCUUCUUCAUGUAAAAGCUUCAACCUUUUGAUAACCCCAAAGUCUUUUUUUAGAGCUUUAAACUUGAUUCUUGGUUUUGGUGAGAAAUGAUGACAUCUUGUCGGAAUAUAGACUUGGGAACUAGUGUCCUUGACCUGAUCUCAUGUGGCUGUGGUCGUCGUCAGUUAGGAAACUUUCCCAAGGCUGUUGGUAUGUCGAGAAGCUACGGUGGCGGCGGUGGGAAUCUUGUGUUUCUCCGGCGUGACGUGGGGAUGAGUUGCAAAGCUGUUCCGACAAAACCCAAAGAGAUCUCUUUGGUCAACGGAAUAGGUGAGGCCAAAACGGUGAGUUUUGAUUUGAGGCAAGAGACCAGAAAGCAGCCUAUUUCAUUGGCGAAUCUGUUUGAGGUUGUAGCUGAUGAUCUGCAGAUGUUGAAUGACAAUCUUUUAUCGAUUGUUGGUGCAGAGAAUCCAGUUUUGAUAUCUGCAGCUGAGCAAAUCUUCGGAGCUGGUGGUAAAAGAAUGAGACCUGGUUUGGUCUUCCUCGUAUCACGAGCCACAGCAGAGCUAGCUGGCCUAAAGGAACUUACAACUGAACAUAGGCGUUUAGGUGAGAUCAUAGAGAUGAUUCACACUGCAAGCUUGAUACAUGACGACGUGUUAGAUGAGAGUGAUAUGCGUAGAGGUAAAGAAACAGUUCAUGAGCUUUUUGGGACGAGAGUAGCUGUAUUAGCUGGUGACUUCAUGUUUGCUCAAGCAUCAUGGUACUUAGCUAACCUCGAGAACCUCGAAGUUAUCAAACUCAUAAGUCAGGUGAUCAAAGACUUUGCGAGUGGAGAGAUAAAGCAAGCAUCAAGUCUGUUUGACUGUGACGUUACGUUAGAAGACUACUUACUCAAGAGUUACUACAAGACAGCUUCGUUGGUGGCUGCAAGCACCAAAGGAGCUGCAAUCUUCAGCAGAGUUGAAACUGUUGUGACAGAGCAAAUGUAUGAGUUUGGGAAGAAUCUUGGCCUCUCAUUCCAAGUAGUAGACGACAUUUUGGACUUCACUCAGUCCUCAGAGCAGCUAGGGAAGCCAGCAGGGAGUGAUUUGGCUAAAGGUAACUUAACAGCACCUGUGAUUUUCGCUCUGGAGAAGGAGCCUAGGCUGAGAGAGAUCAUAGAGUCUGAGUUUUGUGAGGAGGGUUCGUUGGAAGAAGGGAUUGAGUUGGUGAGAGAAGGUGGAGGAAUCAGAAGAGCACAAGAGUUGGCUAGGGAGAAAGCUGAUGAUGCUUUGAAGAAUCUGCAGUGUCUGCCUCAGAGUGGCUUCAGGUCGGCUCUAGAAGAAAUGGUAAUGUUUAAUCUUGAAAGAAUCGAUUAGUAGUUAGAAAAGAUUUGAGUACAUGAUUAUAGUACAGUAAAGCAAAUACAGAGAUUUGUGUACACAUUAAAAGUAGUAUUUGGCUGCAAUACAGAUCCAGGGAUAACUCUCAUGCAAAGUAUUGUUGUGUAUGAUUCUUCCCAGCUUUCCUUUCUCUUCUCUGAUCUCUAUCAUUGCCUUAUGUUCAUGCUGUGCCAUAUUGAAUAUGGCUAUGUCAACUCCAACCAUAUACUUCUUUUUAAAGAUGAUUGCCAAAACUAAUGUUUUUGAUGGAUGUAUG